CUUGCCCCGGGUACUGGUCUCGAGCCCCUGCAGCCGCCUGGAGCGGCCAGAGCCCACCCGGCCCGGUCCGGCGGCGCCCGUGGCUCUUUCUCGCUUCCCUCGGCCGGGCGUCUUCGGGGCAGUGGCGGGAACACUCCGCUGGUCCAGGCGGGCAACAUGUUAGUGCUUCUAGCCAUGUCCCUGCCUCUAACCCAGAGGCCAUGGAGGAGAUAAGGUAGCCCCUCAUCCCUGGAUCUGAUGGGGAAGCCCAGUUCAAUGGAUACAAAAUAUAAGGAUGACUUAUUUCGGAAGUAUGUGCAGUUCCAUGAGGGCAAAGUGGACGCCACCCCCAGCAAGCAGCGGCCUGGCAAUGAUGAGUACCUGCGGGUGGCAGCCUCGACCUUGCUCAGCCUGCACAAGGUGGAUCCCUUUUAUCGGUUCCGGCUGAUCCAAUUCUAUGAGGUGGUGGAGAGCUCCUUGCGCGCGCUGAGCUCCUCCAGCCUGCGGGCUCUGCACUGCGCCUUCAGUGUGCUGGAAACGGUGGGUGUCAACCUCUUUCUCUACCCAUGGAAGAAGGAAUUCAGAAGCAUUAAGACCUACACGGGCCCCUUCGUUUAUUAUGUCAAGUCCACGUUACUGGAAGAUGACAUCCGAACCAUCCUGAAUUACAUGGGCUACGUGCCUGAGUUGGGGACUGUGUACAAGCUCACAGAAUUGGUGGAGACCCUGCAGGUGAAGAUGGUCUCCUUUGAACUCUUUCUGGCCAAGGUGGAGUGUGAGCAGAUGCUGGAAAUCCACUCCCAAGUCAAGGACAAAGGCUACUCCGAGCUGGACGUGGUAAACGAGCGCAAGAGCAGCGCAGAGGAUGUGCGGGGCUGCUCCAGCGCCCUGCGGCGGCGGGCUGAGGCCCGGGAGCACCUACCUGCUUCAAUGGCUCGAGUGGCACUCCAGAAGUCGGCCAGCGAGCGGGGGGCCAAGGACUACUACAAGCCGCGUGUGACCAAACUCUCGAGGUCAGUGGAUGCCUACGACAGCUACUGGGAGAGUCAGAGCCGGAAGCCACCCCUGAAGACCUCACUGAGCCUGCGGAAGGAGCCUGUGGCGGCAGAGGUAGGGGAUGACCUCAAGGAUGAGAUCAUCCGCCCGUCCCCCUCGCUCCUGACCAUGUCCAGCUCCCCCCAUGGCAGCCCUGAUGACCUUCCAUCCUCCUCCCCCAGCAAUGGCCUUGGCCUGCUGCGUGGCACGUACUUCUCUGCUCAGGAUGACGUGGAUCUCUACACCGACUCAGAACCUAGGGCUGCAUACCGGAGGCAGGAUGCCCUGCGACCGGAUGUGUGGCUGGUCAGAAACGAUGCCCACCCUCUCUACCACAAGCACUCCCCCCCCACCAAAGAGUCCACCCUAUCCAAGUGCCAAAACUGCGGCCUGUCCUGUAGCUCCUCCCUCUGCCAGCGCUGUGGCAGCCUGCUCCCCUGUCCCCCAGCCUCCAAGCCCGGCACCUUCCCCAGCAAGUCCUCCACCCAUGACAGCCUGGCCCAUGGGUCAUCUCUGAGGGAGAAGUAUGCGGGCCAGAAUCAGCUGGUGCACCUCCACUCAAAAUCCAAGUCCUCCACCACAGCCACCUCCCGCUGUGGCUUCUGUAAUCGCCCAGGUGCCACCAACACCUGCACCCAAUGUUCGAAAGUUUCCUGUGAUGCCUGCCUCAACGCCUACCAUUAUGACCCCUGCUGCAAAAAAAGUGAGCUGCACAAGUUCAUGCCCAACAACCAGCUGAACUACAAGUCCACCCAGUUCUCCCAUCUCGUGUAUAGAUAAACUGGGCCUUGCACCUCCCUGCUACAAGGGCUACAUCACUGAUCUUUCUGGUUUCAUGGGGAAGAAGUGUUAAUGCAUUGAUCUGGGAAGCAGAGGACUGCACUUGACCAUGUAGGUGCCAGGGAUCUGGGUCAGCUGCACCAUGUGGGAGUUCACUUAGUAACUAACAUAUUUCAGCUGAUGGCUGCUUUGUCGCCUGACAAGGGAGAGGGUGGCACUUCCAUUCAGAUUCAUUUUUGCUAAUCUCUCCAUCCCCCCUCCCCCUUUUUUUUUUUUUAUAAAAAAGAGGAUUUCUAUCUCUGGGAUUCUUGCCACAUCUACCGUUCCCACCACAAAGCCAACUUGGACUGGGAAGGGCCCUCCAGGUCACUUCCUGGAUCGGUGAGCUAGAGGCCUGUUGGCUUGUGAAAUGAGCCCUCCUGCCACACUGGGCCUCUUCCAAUGGCUCAUCCCCUUUGCCACCCCCUCCCCAAAUACAGUAUUAGCUGAAUGUCAUCCUGUGGCCACCACAGCUCAGUUCAGCCCAUGGCGUUUGUGAACUUUGCUCCAACACAUUGAAGUGUGGACCUUCAACAGCAGGACUCCCCCUUUCUGUUGUUUGCACAUGCCCCUCUUACUGUACUGUAAAUAGGUAAUUUUUGAAGUUUAUUUUUAAAUAAAUAUUCAACUUGC